AUGGUGACGGCUCUAAUUUGCAUAGAUCUCUCUAACGCGUUCAACGCGGUUCGAACGGAUAGGUUAGAGGAGAUCCUGUCCAGCGUAGGCGUACCACAAGACAUGCUCAUGUGGAUCUCGAGUUUCCUAAGAAAUAGAACCAUCUUCCUACAAACUCGCGACAAAAAAAUCAGUAGGACGAUUAGCAAUGGGCUUCCCCAAGGGGACGUAUUGUCCCCCACACUUUUCAAUGUCUACACUCUAGAUUUGCACAGAAUCGAAAAGGAGGGAGUCGUUCUAGUGCAAUAUGCUGACGAUUUCGGCAUUUUGGUCAAAGCGAAGACAUUAGACAAGCUAAACGAGGCAGCACAGGAAUUUUUGAACGAGUUUUCCGAAAAAGCGACCUUCCUGAACUUGGAAAUAAACGCUGCUAAAACGAAAGCCAUACUUUUCCAAAACAACGACAAGGAGUUAGACAUCGGAAUCAAUGGGACGAAGAUUGAAACGGUGAGGAAUCAUCGCUAUUUGGGAAUCACGAUAGACCGCUACCUAAGUUUUGGAGUGCAUAUUAGAGAAGUUCGAGAAAAAGUCCAGCACAGACUCAACAUGGUGAAGAUCUUGAGCGGGACAAAAAGCGGAGCACAUCCGGAAAUGUUAGGUCGAAUAUACGUGGCACUAUGCAGAAGCGUUUUGGAAUACGGUUGCUCGGUGUAUAACAACGCGAAACCCACUAACCGGAGAAUAGUAUCAGUUAUAAACAACCAAUGCCUGCGGAAAAUCGUGGGGGCAACCAAAUCCACUCCGCUCAAUGCUCUAUCUGCGUUGAGUGGACAGGAGCCGUUGGAGUUCAGACAGGAGUACAUUGCGAUUCGGGAAAUCGCUCGACAUUUCUCAAGGAACGAUGUGAUCGCAGAACAGCUACAAAAUGUAAUGCUACCGGAUGACCAUGACAAAUGGGACGCUUUCUCAUACCAGGAGCGGAUGUACUGGAUCAACAAGGAGCUCUUCAAAGCUAUCAGCCCAAUAGCGACAGCGGUUCAUAUUGAUGAAGUGGCAAUCGAACCUUACCUAGAAGGAUUGCAGUCAGCAAAGCAAGAUAACGACGCUAAGAAGCUUAAACAAAUGGCACUCUUUGUUAUGAAUGGUCGUAAUAAAGGAAGAGGGAGAAUUUUUACGGACGCCUCGAAAGAAGGAUCAGCCUGUGGAAUAGGAGUUUACGUCGAGAACACUAGGAGAAGAAUGAGCUACAAACUCGCAAUGGAAACCAGCGUUACAUCUGCAGAACUGAUCGCCAUUCAGUUAGCAACUAGCAUAGUGGAGGAGGAUCGUCUUCAAAACUAUGUAAUAUACACGGAUUCCAGAUCUGCUUGCCUCAUGCUUGCAAAUGCAAAGGACUCAAAGACGGACGAAGGUAUUUUGAUCGAAAUUCUGGUCAAAUGCCAAAGACGGAACAUCGCCAUACAGUGGAUUCCCAGCCAUGUGUCGAUAAGCGGAAACGAGACAGCAGAUGCGCUAGCCAAGGCCGGCGCUGCUUCAGACGAAGUCUUAAGCCAUCCAAUCCAAUUAAAGGACGCCUUCCUGAACGCUAAAAACAUGCUUGAAAGACGAACGAAUCAAUGGUAUGCAGAAUAUUCAGCGGAAAAGGGAACGAAGUUCUAUACAGUGCAACCGAACUUCUACAACGCAGCUUGGUAUAAAAAGGUCGACAUGAAGGGCAGUGACGUGAAACUUAUUAAUCGUCUAAUGAUAAGCCACGACUAUUCGAAAUACUGGCUACACCGUAUGAAAAUCUCGGACGACGCGGAAUGUGAACUGUGUGGAGAACCAGAAACGUCAGAGCAUUUGGUGCUCCAUUGCCCUCGUUUCGGUAUAAUAAGAAUGCAGUUUUCGUUUGAUAACAAAUUCGCCAACCUCACCGAAUUGUUUAAAACUGGUAAAAAGGAGCUUUUCAAGGAAGUAGCGGAAUUCAUCAGAACGACCAAACUAGACCUCUAA